GCUCCUCCCGGGCCCCGCGGCCUCGGCCACCGCGGCGAUUCGCGCCUCGCGGCGCCGGCACCUGCCCGCGCGCCCCCCGCGUACCCCGGGCCCGCGAGCGUUGGCGUUGGCGUUGGCGGCGCGCGCGGGGGCAUGCCCCGCGCCUAGGGCCCGGGGGGCGCGCGGGGGGCGCGCGGGGGGCCCGGGCGGCGGGCGCGGCGCGGGGCGCGUGGAUGUGGCGCCGGGCCCGGGCGGCGGCGGGCUGCAGCGGCGGGACCCCUUCGCCCCGCCCGCCUUCCCCUUCGCGCCCCCGGGCGAGGCCGAGGCCUGCGGCCGUGAUCGUCCGGGAGCCGGCGGCGGGGGGCGGCCGGGGCCGGGGCCGGGGCCGCCGCCGGGGCGCGCGGGGCGGCGGCGGCGGCGGCCGCGGGGGCCCCGGCGCGCGGGACCGGGAGCGGCCCGCGGAGCCGGAGCGCGCCAUGGAGGCGGCGGCGGGAGGGCGCGGCGGCUUCCAGCCGCACCCGGGGCUGCAGAAGACGCUGGAGCAGUUCCACCUGAGCUCCAUGAGCUCGCUGGGCGGCCCGGCGGCCUUCUCGGCGCGCUGGGCGCAGGAGGCCUACAAGAAGGAGAGCGCCAAGGAGGCGGGCGCGGCCGCCGUGUCCGCCCCGCUGCCCGCCGCCGCCGCCGAGCCGCCGCCCGUGCUGCACCUGCCCGCCAUCCAGCCGCCGCCGCCCGUGCUGCCCGGGCCCUUCUUCAUGCCGUCCGACCGCUCCACCGAGCGCUGCGAGACCGUGCUGGAGGGCGAGACCAUCUCGUGCUUCGUGGUGGGCGGCGAGAAGCGCCUGUGCCUGCCGCAGAUCCUCAACUCGGUGCUGCGCGACUUCUCGCUGCAGCAGAUCAACUCCGUGUGCGACGAGCUGCACAUCUACUGCUCGCGCUGCACGGCCGACCAGCUGGAGAUCCUGAAAGUCAUGGGCAUCCUGCCCUUCUCGGCGCCCUCGUGCGGGCUCAUCACCAAGACGGACGCCGAGCGCCUGUGCAACGCGCUGCUCUACGGCGGCGCCUACCCGCCGCCCUGCAAGAAGGAGCUGGCGGCCGGCCUGGCGCUGGGCCUGGAGCUGCGCGAGCGCAGCCUGCGCGUGUACCACGAGUGCUUCGGCAAGUGCAAGGGGCUGCUGGUGCCCGAGCUCUACAGCAGCCCGAGUGCCGCCUGCAUCCAGUGCCUCGACUGCCGCCUCAUGUACCCGCCGCACAAGUUCGUGGUGCACUCGCACAAGGCGCUGGAGAACCGGACUUGCCACUGGGGCUUCGACUCGGCCAACUGGCGGGCCUACAUCCUGCUGAGCCAGGACUACACGGGCAAGGAGGAGCAGGCGCGCCUGGGCCGCUGCCUGGACGACGUGAAGGAGAAGUUCGACUACGGCAACAAGUACAAGCGGAGGGUGCCCCUGGUCUCCUCUGAGCCCCCCGUCUCCAUCAGAAAAACAGACGACGCUCCCUCCCAGCACCCCGCAUCUUCGGAGAAGGACAAGCAGUCCAGCUGGCUGCGGACCCUGGCCAGCUCCUCCAGCAAGAGCCUGGGCUGUGCUCACCCUCGCCAGCGCCUCUCCGCCUUCCGACCCUGGUCCCCUGCGGUUUCUGCCAGCGACAAGGAGCUCUCCCCACACCUCCCAGCCCUGAUUCGAGACAGCUUUUACUCCUACAAGAGCUUCGAGACCGGUGUGGCCCCCAACGUGGCCCUGGCGCCGCCGGCCCAGCAGAAGGUCGUGAGCAGCCCGCCAUGUGCCACCAUCGUCUCCCGGGCGCCCGAGCCCCACGCCUCCUGCAUCCAGCCGCGGAAGCGCAAGCUGGCAGCCGACACGCCCGGGGCCCCGGAGGCGCAGGCACCCACGGCCGCCCCGGAGGAGGACAAGGACUCGGAGGCCGAGGUGGAGGUGGAGAGCAGAGAGGAGUUCACCUCCUCUCUGUCCUCGCUCUCCUCGCCGUCCUUUACCUCAUCCAGCUCGGCCAAGGACCUGAGCUCCCCAGGGGUGCACGCUCCGCCCGCCCCGCCCUCGGCUCCCGACACUGCGGCCCCCACCGACCCCCCGAGCGGGGGGCUGGAGGCGGAGCUGGAGCACCUGCGCCAAGCGCUGGAGGGCGGCCUGGACACCAAGGAGGCCAAGGAGAAGUUCCUGCACGAGGUGGUCAAGAUGCGCGUCAAGCAGGAGGAGAAGCUGAGCGCCGCCCUGCAGGCCAAGCGCAGCCUGCACCAGGAGCUGGAGUUCCUGCGUGUGGCCAAGAAGGAGAAGCUGCGGGAGGCCACGGAGGCGAAGCGCAACCUGCGGAAGGAGAUCGAGCGCCUCCGCGCCGAGAACGAGAAGAAGAUGAAGGAGGCCAACGAGGCGCGGCUGCGCCUCAAGAGGGAGCUGGAGCAGGCGCGGCAGGUCCGGGUGUGCGACAAGGGCUGCGAGGCCGGCCGCCUGCGCGCCAAGUACUCGGCCCAGAUCGAGGACCUGCAGGUGAAGCUGCAGCACGCGGAGGCCGACCGCGAGCAGCUGCGGGCAGACCUGCUGCGGGAGCGCGAGGCCCGGGAGCACCUGGAGAAGGUGGUGAAGGAGCUGCAGGAGCAGCUGUGGCCGCGGCCCCGCCCCGACGCCGCCGGCAGCGAGAGCGCCACCGAGCUGGAGCCCUAGCGGGCCGUCCCGUCCGUUCGGACCAGCGGGGAGGGCGGGCGGGCGGUCCCACGCCGCCGCGGGCCCUGCCUGGAGGGCUCUGGGGGGCCGCCCUCCUCCCAGCCCAGAUAGCACAACGUCUUACUGUGCCUACAACCAAGCAAGUGUUUGCAACCACAUCCUUUUGGAAUCCAGAGCAAAUUUUCUACUGGCCACAACGUUCAGGCGCAAGCCGGGCCCGCAGCCGGACCGGCCGCCGGGCCACGGCCUCCGCUUGCCGGGACACCCCAACGUUCACACUUUUGUUAUAAGCUAUUUAAAACCAAUAAGGAGACUUGACAUUCAGAAAAAAAGAAAAAUCACCAUGUUUUUUAACGACUCACUUUUAAAGCCCCACCACCACGCGACGCAUCGAGGACCCAGGAGCCGGGCCGCCCGGCGAAGCCAUCCAGCUCACGGCCACGGCCACGGCCAUGGCCACGCGGACGCGCAGGGUCCCCUCCAGAGUCUAUUUUUUCAGCGAUGAGGACCCGGUCUCCGUGCUGCCGCGGGGAGCGUGCACCCGCCCUGAGCUGACACUGCCGCCUUAGCCGCCGCCCUCGGCGCCCGGGGGCCGGAGGGGACCGGACUGUCCGUGCCGCCGACCGCGGGCGGCGCCUGCCCCUCCGCCGAGGCCGCAGCAUCGGAACAAACAGCAUUAUUCACUCUUUCUUUCCUCCUUGUUUGUUCAUUUAAACGUCCACUUAGAACUGCACUUUGUCAAAACCUUCCCCGUUUUUAUCCCCCAGUGGACUGAGGUUUUUACUCUCCAGACGCCGAACCCGGUCCCGGAGCAGGUCCCGCCUGCGCGGUGUCUGGACCCUCUGGUGCUCGGUGGAACAAGGGAAUCACAAGGAAACGAAGCGCAAAAACUGAACUCGGGGGGUAGCUCUGUGCCUUCCAGCAUCCUGUACAGCGAAUCCCCACUUUUUACCCCCAGAUAUCCGUCUCCAUAGCGAUCGAAUCUGCCACUAUAAAAUAAGUUCCUUGCAUUUAUUCCAGAUAAUCUCGUUUACUCUCCGCUGUUGUUUAUGCAAACCGUAGAAGGUUCUCUGCGCCCAGGCCGGAAGUGACGUCCCAGGAGACGGGCCGCCCGCUGAGACGAGAAGAUCUGCCGGAGUCUCCCGCCUCCGCCUGACGCCACGGCCACGGCCACGGCCACGCGGAGAGCAGAGCGGUGCGCGGGCCCCGUGGGCCUGGGUGUACGGGCCCGGGGCUGCCGGGCCCUCUGAAGUGCAAUGCAAAGGGGACUCCGUGUUUCGCAGCGAGCGUUUGGGUUUCGUUUCAUUCUUUCCGCUUUGUUGUUCUUUUGCAGUUAUUAAACCUGUAUGCAUGGAAU